AUAAUAAUUGAAACUUGCCAAACUGGACAAUUAAUACACAAACUGUUCAUUGUCCAAUUAGAUAUAUCAUCCCCUUAUCUUUAUGCUAAUCUGAAAGAAGAACUUUACAUUAGGACACCUCCUCAUUUAGGACAUAAGAAUAAAGUUUUCAAAGUACAGAAAUCUCUAUAUGGUUUGAAACAGAGUAGUGGUAACUGGUAUGAAAACAUCAAAAAAUUCAGAACUGAGACAUGUGGUAUGUCUAGUUGUUGUAACCUAAAAUGUAUGGUUUACAUUAAUAGGUUUCAAGGUUAUUCAUAUCACGUGAUAAAUGAUAAUUAUUGCGCUAAUAACAUUAAUCCAAUUAUUAUAGUCAUAAGCUAA